UAUUCAGAUUUAGAUUAGUUCCUAGAAAACAAUGAGAAGAACAGGACUCCUAGUUCUCCUGUUUACUCUGCAGGUUGGAGAGAUCUUCUCCCAAUGCAACUCCUUACCUGAUGGUUCAUCCUGCCAAGGCCAGGAUGAUAAUAUGUAUGAAGAUCCUGAAGAAUGCAGUAACUACUAUCAAUGUAAGAACGGAUGCGCUAUUCUUAAAACAUGUGAGCGAGAAUUUUUAUUUGAUUCCUUCUAUGGUUACUGUAACUAUCCCUUUGAUGUAAACUGUGGAACCCGACCUUGUGAAAAUCAAGGUCACUGUUUUACCACAACUAAACGCCCAACCACAACCACAACAGCAGACUGUGGACACUGGGCUGAAUGUUCUGAGCUGGGAGAAGGAGACGGAUAUUUCCCAGAUCCUUACAACUGUAGGAAAUACUGGCACUGCUAUGACAAUGAACCUGAGCAUAUCACAUGUGCUGAUGGUCUGGUAUUUGACGAGGUUAAUAUCUGGUGUGAUGAACCUGGUCGUGUUAACUGCGGUGACAGACCUAUCUGUGACGACUGUGACUUGAACUGCUACGAACCGAGCACUCCUAAACCUGACUGUGGUCACCAACUGGACUGUAGUAAGCUGGAGGAUGGUUAUUAUGCUGAUGAUUAUAACUGUAGAAGAUACUGGCAGUGUACUGGAGGUCAUGGUAUCCACAACUCCUGCGAUGGAGAUCUCCUUUAUGAUCCUGAUCAUGUGUGGUGUGAAACCAGUGACAAGGUGACCUGUGGUGACCGACCUAUCUGCGGUGAAUGUGAGGAGGACUGUGCUCCUCAACCUACUGGACCUCCAGACUGCGGGCAUAUCAUGGAUUGUACUGGAGUACCUACAGGAUACUACCCAGACCCGUUCAACUGUAGGAAAUUCUGGAUCUGUGACCAGGAUAUAGGAACCCAUGUCACCUGUGAUAAGAACUAUCUGUAUGAUGAGAAAAAUAUAGCGUGUGAUCUUCCCGAUAGAGUUAACUGUGGAGGGAGGCCUGUUUGUGAUGAAUGUGAUGAAAACUGUGAAAAUUAAAAUGAUUUC